GCUGAGGGGGGCUUGCAGACUUCAGGAUGGGGCAAUUCAGGUUGCUUUGGCUGUGACUCGUCUUGGCUGUGUUGACUCGCUCCUCUCUGGAUGCUUUGGAAGAGCUGGUGGACAGCUGAGGGCUGCUAGCUGUCAGCAGAGUUCUGUGUUUACCUCGGACCUUACCUGCUGACAUCUGCCAUCAGCUGUGAAUGGAGCAACGAUUCCUUGAGCUGAUUCAUUUUUAAAUACCAAAGGCUGGAGUUUUGAUCCUGGUGAAUGUACAUAGUCCCUACCUCAACUCCAACAGAAAUGACUACCAACAGUAUGCCUAAACAAGUCGAGGUGAGGAUGCACGAGAGUCACCUGGAGCCCAUUGAGGCCAGGCCUCAGUCCAAAUGUGCCAAAUUCUGCUCCAGUAUGUGCACGAACCUUCUGCUCACACUCACCAUCCUCGGUGUGAUCCUCGGAGCUGUAUUUGGGUGUUUGCUCCGUGUGGCCUCCCCGAUCCACCCAGACAUCGUCAUGGUGAUCGCUUUUCCUGGAGACAUCCUGAUGAGGAUGCUGAAGAUGUUGAUCCUGCCUCUCAUCAUCUCCAGUUUAAUCACAGGUCUGGCCGGUUUGGAUGCCAAAUCCAGCGGUCGCCUGGGCACCAGGGCAAUGGUCUACUACAUGACCACCACGGUUAUUGCUGCCAUCCUGGGAGUCAUCCUUGUAUUGGUUAUCCACCCUGGCAACCCCAAACUGAAGGAGAAUCUGGGCCAGGGCGAGAAGAACGACGAUGUGUCCAGCUUGGAUGCCUUCUUUGAUUUGAUAAGGAACCUGUUCCCAGAAAAUCUGGUGCAGGCUUGUUUCCAACAGAUCCAGACCACGACAAAAAAGACAGAGGUGCCUUUCGUUGAGGAUGUCAAUGCAACCGUCAUGGAAGGCCUGGUGGCUAACAUUACCAGGGAGCCUUUGAUUAUUGUCGAAAAGACCCUGCAGUUCAAAAGUGGCAUGAAUGUUCUGGGUCUGAUUGGUUUCUUUAUUGCAUUUGGCAUCUGCAUGGGCAAGAUGGGAGAGAGGGCCAGGCUCAUGCUUGAAUUCUUCAACAUCCUCAAUGAGAUUGUGAUGAAACUUGUCAUCUGUAUCAUGUGGUACUCUCCCUUCGGUAUUGCCUGUCUCAUCUGCGGUAAGAUCAUCUCCAUCAAGGACCUUGAGGUGGUGGGCAGACAGCUGGGCAUGUACAUGGUCACUGUGAUCAUUGGCCUCAUCAUCCACGGAGCUAUCUUCCUGCCUGCAAUCUACUUUGCUAUUGUCAGGAAAAACCCCUAUACCUUCUUCCUGGGCAUCUUCCAGGCCUGGAUCACCGCCCUGGGGACAGCCUCCAGUGCUGGUACACUGCCUGUCACCUUCCGUUGUCUGGAGGAGAACUUAGGUAUUGACAAAAGAGUCACUCGCUUUGUGCUCCCAGUCGGUGCCACCAUCAACAUGGACGGAACUGCUCUGUAUGAGGCAGUGGCAGCCAUCUUCAUCGCCCAAAUGAACGGCAUCUACCUUGACCCUGGUCAGAUUAUCACUGUCAGUCUGACUGCCACCCUGGCCAGUGUUGGAGCGGCCAGUAUUCCCAGUGCUGGCCUGGUGACUAUGCUCCUGAUCCUGACUGCUGUAGGCCUGCCAACCGAAGACAUCAGUCUGCUGGUUGCUGUUGACUGGCUGCUGGAUCGAUUCAGGACCUCAGUCAACGUGGUGGGUGACUCCUACGGUGCAGGCAUCGUGUACCACCUGUCCAAGCUUGAGCUUGAGGAACUGGAUGCACAAACAGCCAAAUCCGACGAAAUCGAAAUGACGAAGACCCAGUCUUACUACGAUGACAUGAAGAACCACCACGAAAACAAUUCCAACCAGUGCGUCAAAACCGCUCCCGCUACAGCUACAACUAGCACAACCGCUACUGCCACUGCUAACAAUACUGUAGAAGUAGUAAUAGAUGAAUGCAAGGUAACCUCAGCCACUAACGGCUCUGCUGCGGAGUGCACGCUUGUUGAGGAGGGACCAUGGAAACAUGAAUAAUGGCAGCAUAGAGAUCCCCUGCUCCUGGGCUCCACAAGCUUUCCCAUCUGGUGAUAAAAAAGAGUGAAUGAAAAAAAAGUCACAUGAACAGAACUACUAAUUGUUUUCUAUGUAGAUUAGUUUUCUUUUUUAUUAGUCCCUUUAAAAGUUUUUGUAACUGUCUAUCUGACUGAUAUAUACUACUAAUUCACUUAACCGUGAAAUAAUAACAGAGGUAUACUUAGAGCACAAUUAUGUCCGUUUAGCAUAUACUUGCACAACAUACUUCAAGGCUGGGGGAGGGAAGGAAGAGAAAAACAAACGUAAGAUAGGCUUCCCAUAGCAAUACAUCUCAUUUCUACAUUUGUGGGAGGAGUUAAGAGGAGAUAGGAAGUGGCUGUGUAGCAUGGGAAGUCCUGAGAUUAGCUUCCGAGUUUCAUUCAGGCGAUUUAUUAUUCAAAUGACAGAAGAUGAGUUGGAGUGAGAGCAUUAUUAAUGACAACCAGCGUGAUGUUUGUACAACACCAAUCUUGACUCUCGUACUGUCAGAGAUUUUAAAAUGCAUCUGACUGAAUAAGCCCAAUAUUAGCCUCUAUGUCUGCGGUCCAGCACACUACUGAAAGGGUAGGAGGCCACACUGAGCCUCGUAACCUACAAGCACAGUCACAGUCAUAUUCUAAAGCACAAAUUAUACCAUGAACGCCAUUUUCCAUCCCCCAGUUGUUUUACUCUAAAGGAAAGGGACUUUUAUUUCUUUAUGUCACCUGUUGAGUGAGAUGUAAAACGUGUGUGUGUGUGUUUGUGAGUAAUAGAGAGAGAAGGAGAUAAAGAGAGCAGGAGUUAAGAACAUGACCAAUUCAAUUAUAGGGACCAAACAGGCAGAAAAGCAAUCAACUCACAGAGGCCUUUGAACUGCCUCCAUGACGUCACUCACAACACAUUUUUCCAGGAUCAUUUUAAAACUGACUGGCACUGAAGAUGAUAUUACAACAUUUUCUGACAGACCCUCAAAGCUAAUGAAAUCACUGCCCUAAAUAUGCUUUCCCUUCUUCCAAAAGAUAUCUGUGAUGCCAAUGAAAUUAAAAGAACAUUAGCACCAAAAUGACUAUUGUCAAGACAAACAAUAGAAAAUAAUUGACAAAUCUGAAUAAUUAGAAGCAUAAAAAAGAGAUUAUAUAGAGCACAAAUGAAGACAAUGAGGAUAAUGUUCAGUCAGUGGCAUAAUCAAAGUCUGGCACAUUACCCUUUCAUGUCGAUACUGAUCGUAUUCCAAGUUAAAAUGUUAGCUGUUGAAAACAUUAUAAGGGACUGCAGAUACUCUUAUUAAAUAUUUUACACAGAAAUACAAUUUUGAAAUCCUCAAAUGUUUACCUGCUCACUGAUGAGCCUCGUUAAAAUGGCCUUCUUAAAGCACAAGUUUAUAAAGCACUGACUCUGAAAAGGUUGACAGUUUACUGCAUUGUUGAAAAAGUGUAAUUUUAUAAUAUGAUAAUAUACUGGGAAGGGAGUUUCCAAGCACACACAGGAAGCGCACAUACAUAUUUCAAACACAUUCCAGUGGUUUAUUGAUCCUCAACAUGCGUACUCUCAGAAAGCACAGACACAGAUAUUACUGACAGAGUACACAAAGUGAGCCACCAAUUUUUUUUUUUAAGAAACAGGAAGGAAGCAUUCAGCUGUCAGACGGAAUCUUGGCUGCACAAACAAAGAUGGAUCAGUGAUCUUGCUCUUCCAGCUUCUUGUUUAGCCAGACAUAACAAUUAAACAACCAUAUAUUCAACCACCAGAGCUCAAGACUGUUUCUACAACCCUAGAUGCUGCAGCUGUGCGUCCAUAUGGGUGCAAAGAUGUUUUCAGGAAACUCAGAACAGAACAAUAGACACUUCACAUGCGUUAUUCCACAAUUAUCAGGUAGUAACAAAACCUCUCAUAGAACCAAAUAGCUGAAAAUACACAGAAACAAAGCUGGACUACUGGCUGUUAUUUUGUAUUUUUUUAAGCUUAUGUGCAUAAGAGGUGAGACUUCUGUGAUAUGGCUGUGGAUUUGAUUUCUUUAUCAGUAUUGUGUCCUUCUCUCCUGUCUUGUUUCCUUGUAUUUGUGCUUAAUGACAACCUUGCCUUGAAGAUGUUCACUUCAAACAAAUGCCAACGUCAAAUGCCAAUUAAAGUAACAGUAGGGAACUUAACAAAAACAAUUAGCGCAGCACUCUGUCUUUUAGUUCCCUGAAACACUUUUCUUUUAAGCUCGGCUAACAGAAGCUUUGAUACAACAAAGAAUGCGCUUUGUGUUCAGCCGUAAACACUGCACAGACUGACGCACACCUUACACACAAAAACAAGCAUGCACACACACACAUUCACUUUUAUUUUUCUUCAAAUGCAAACACUCUUAAACCUCGAAGUCACUACAUUUGUAAUCGGUGAGCUGCAGAGCACAGCACUGACAACUCAACAGGCCCCUGAGCCUGACCUUUUGACCUUGUGAUGUUCAGGAAAAGAAAAAUCUCUAGUGAGGAGACAAUGUAUAGUGUCAUCGAUGGGGAUUGAGUGUUGAACCACUAUUAUGUUCAAACACACGGUUUUAAAAGCAUGAAUUCAAUGAAAACGAUGAUUAUUUUUUUGCACCACUAUCUUAAAAGCAUGAUAUUUGAAGUGCCUCGUUGCACUUUGUGUAUAUAUUGUAGGUAACAGAUGUUUUUUUCUUUCUUUGGAUUUAUUUUAGGGGGCGUUGAAAUGGUAAAUAGGAAUAUAGUUUCAUUGCUGUGACAUUUUUUAUGUAAUCCUCUAGAAAGAAAUAUAUAAUCUAUGUCCUGAGUAAAAUUAGAUUAGACAAAUGUAUAGAGAGGAAAUCGUGUAAUAAAUUGCUUGUUUUUUUAUUCUCUAAUAGCUGUUUACUAGUUGUUUUACUUACCUGUCACACACCAAUAUAUAAAUAUCUUUUUUUUCAUCUAAUGUAAGCGUUUUGAAUGUUUGUUCCAUGGAGAUAUAAGCAGUGUGCAUUCAUUUUCAUUGUACAUAAAUAAAUAUAUAAUUGUUCUGUUCAGUGGCGAUGCAGAAUUUAUCGGAAAUUACAGUGAUCAUGACGCAAACACUGUUUGCAUGACAAAGUGAAAGAAAGAGAGCGAGAAAGAAAGAUAGAAAGAAAGAAAGAUAGCGAGGGGAUGUUUUUGGUUUGAAAAAAAGGGGGCCAACAUGAAAUAUAUUUUGGUGGGAAUUACUGUGAUUAAGGUUUCUAAAAAGAGAGACAAAUAAAAAGGAAAAGGUCAAAUGUGCCCUGUAUGUAGGAUAGAGUGAGGAAUCAAAUAGAGCCUAGUGGUUAGAUGCAUUCAGAGGCCUGUUAGAGAGCAACACUCCUCAGGUCACUCAUCUGAAACAUUUUUCUCUUUUCAAUGAAAGAAACUUGCUUUAGUCUCAGGCAUCUUUGUUUACCAGGUGCAUGACAUGGAUAUAUAGAUCUUUUAGAUUCUGUUACCCUGUCUACAUGCCACAACUUCACACAUUCGACCUCUGGCGUGCCAUCAACAUCAUAGAUGUUUUUUUAGAAAUCGCAUUCGGUAAACUGCCUUUACUCCACUUGCCUUUUCUUUGCUUUCUACACAGAAACCUUAUGCACGCACAAACACCUGGAACUUGCCGAGCUAAAUGGCACUGAUCAAAUGGAAAAUGAUUGACAGUAUUUUAAACAAAAAGCCAGUUUAUCUUUGAGCUUGUCCUUUUCUACUGCAAUGUGUCUUUUUUGAAGAAACUCCCAAACAGAGCUGAUGUCUCACUGUCUCACUCCUGCCUACAACGUGCUUUCCUGAUCUUACUUUUCUAGGCCUUCCCUCUUUGUAAAGCUGUUGUAAUAUUGAUGUAAAGGCAGAGCGUAUGUGUGGGGGAGAAACAAUAUUGAGAAAAAAAUGGACAAAAAAAAAUACAGAAUUCUUUACUUGGUCUAUGGUAUACAUAAAAAAAAUCUGUUUCUACAUAUCAAUAAGUGUUGUACCUUUGGUGUACAUAUACAAAUAUAACUAAUAAAUGUUGAUUCAUAACUAAA